UUAUUUUCCUCGAAAUAUGCUUUUCUCUGCCGCGUGCUGCUGCAAAUUUUGAUAUUCAUCCGUUUUCAACACGAGAAUACGAGAGUUUCGCUGCAAUCUUGAUGCUCUUGUUGCGGUUUAAUGAUUUCAAAUGACAGCCGUUCAAAGUUGUACAUGCAUCUCGCGUGUUACAUUGGGAGUGGCUGUGUAGAUAGAAAAGGAUGAUUUCGGAGAGGGGAAUUAUUAACUCAUCUUCUUAACAUGCCCGGCACGUGAUUUGAAAUCGCGCCUUCUGAUCAUUUUUUCUCUGCAGCUUUGAAGCUGGCCAUUCGUGUGACGAAAUACAUUAAUGAGUCUCUGGUUGUUUAAGAGAGAACUUGCAUCAUGUCAAAGAAGAUCGUCUGCCUGUUUGACGUGGAUGGUACACUUACUGAACCACGACAGCCAAUCAAUGCCAGUGUCGAAAAAUUUCUUCUGGAGACAAUCAAAAAGGAAUUUGACAUUGCGGUAGUUGGGGGAUCCGAUCUAAUCAAGAUCCAAGAGCAACUUGGUGGUGGACAGUUGUUUGAAAAGUACAAAUAUGUUUUUGCGGAGAAUGGCCUUAUCACAUUCAAGGAUGGCAAAGCUUUACCAUCACAAUCGAUACAGGAUAUGCUUGGCGAGGAUGCUCUGCAGGAUUUUAUCAAUUUCGUCCUGCGAUACAUAUCCGAGCUGCAGUUACCGUUCAAGCGUGGGACAUUCGUGGAAUUCCGCACGGGCAUGAUAAACGUUUCGCCAGUGGGGCGAAAUUGCAGCAAGAAGGAACGUGAACAGUUUUAUGAAUACGACAAUGAGCACCAUAUCCGCGAAAAGUUUAUACAGGCUCUCAAAAAGGAGUUUCCUGAUUUGGCUCUGACCUACAGUAUCGGUGGACAAAUUUCUUUCGACGUUUUUCCUGUCGGUUGGGACAAAACGUAUUGCUUACGCCACCUUCAGGGAUACGACGAGAUACACUUCUUCGGCGACAAAACCGCCGAGGGCGGUAACGACCACGAGAUCUACGAGAGUGAUUUGACGAUAGGACAUCGUGUCACUUGUCCCAAGGACACGGUGAACCAACUGAACAUUCUUAUGGCCCUCUUAAAAGAAAACAGGGAGAAAGAGCAGCUCAACGUUCCGCUGCAAUGCGUCUAACACUGUCAAGCCCAAAGAUCGAAGUAUUUUUCUAGAUCGAGGUAAACGGUACAUUUUUACUCGAUAUACGCGAGGUAUACGAGCUCAUCACGUUUUUUCGUCUUAUUUUACAAUGUUUUGUUGAAUAUAUAUAUUACAUUCCUAAGAAAGAGUAGAUGUAGUAUUUAAUCGUUUUAUCUUUAAAUAGAUCUUGAAUUGUCUUCGUUCUUUCUUACUCUCUAAAAAGAUUAGAAGUAGUUCGGUAUUUUUUCCGAAAACAGAUAUUCCCGUGCAAUAUGAAAACCAUCUUUGUACAUAUGUCCUUUUCGAGUGUUUUAUUAUCAUCACUUACACAAGAUGAUAAACGUUGAAUAAAAAGGUUAUCGGUAUUA